AUGGAUUCUGAUCAUCUAUCCGUAAUCGAUCGCAAUUACAAACGGUAUUUUCUGAAAAGUGGCGACAAUACUUUAUGCUACCUUCGACAUCCAAGUGGAGUAGUAGUGGUGUUAUUGUGUAAAAAUCAUGAAUUAAUGCAAAAACCGAUUAAAGAAAUACAGUGGCAUAUGAAAAACAAAGGAGUUGAUCGAAGCAAGCAAAAAGUUAUGGGGAAAGGAAAAAAGGGUGGGUUACUAUUAUUGCCGGACACAAAGCUAUGUGUUGUAUAUUGUGAAGAUGGCACCCAUUAUGUUUUACGAUCUGGGAUUAAGGCUCUUUUGAUUGAAGUGAAUGAACGACUUAUUGAAAAUCCUAAUCUCAUGCGUACUGACACUGAGAAUUGCGGUUAUCUAGCAAUAAUGAUACCUUUCGCUAAUGAAAGAUUAGAAGCUCCAGAGGCUUUUGCUGAAGAAUAA